AUGGCGGCCACUCGGGUCCUCCUCGCGCCCCUCUCGGGCGUAUUCGUGGCCACCUCGCUCCUCUACACCUUCCGGCACACCAUCGCCGUCCGCACCCACGACACCGCUCUGGCGCUCCACGAUGUCAAGAUGAGGCUCGACGACAUCGAUCCGGACAACUGGGACAAGGAGGGCAAGGAGAGAGUCUCGAGGGAGAAGCUUCGCCCGGCUUACCUCCCACCACAGAGAUUGAGCGUGACCGAAGAGGUCAAGGCGCGUUGGAAUGAGCAAUUCCUCGCAGGUGUCCACGCCGUGUCCAACGCAAACUACUACGAUCUGCUCGCAAACGGCCUGUCGAGUGCGCGCUCGCUCGCGCGACGCCUCACCUCGCAGGUGUCGGAAGAGUCGGGCUCCAUCUCGCCCGUCACCGGCAAGGCGGCGGCGGCGUCCGGCUCCGGCCUGGUCUCGACGGCCGGCGUGUCCCUGCGGGAACCGACCAACGUGGUCCAGGAGACUAUCCAGGAGAUCGACAGGCCCGGAUCCAAGGUCGGCUCCAGACUGGCCAGGAGCUUGGGCAUCGACGCCGGCAAGGUGGAAAAGGUGGUGGAGGCCAAGACCGGACCCGGGCUCGGACAGGUGGGGCAGGGAGGACGCGGCCGCACUUACUACCUCGGCGAAGGCACCAGCCUCCGAUGA